GUUCAUCGUCUUGAAUUUAUCAGGAAAUAAGAACUCUGAAAUCAUGGCAGGGAAACCCAAGCUGCACUACACCAAGGGAAGGGGGAAGAUGGAGUCCAUCCGAUGGCUGUUAGCAGCAGCCGGGGUUGAGUUUGAAGAAGAAUUCAUAGAAACCAAGGAAGACCUAGAAAAAUUACGCAAUGAUGGAGUCCUGCUGUUCCAGCAAGUGCCCAUGGUGGAGAUCGACGGGAUGAAGAUGGUGCAGACCAGAGCCAUCCUCAGCUACAUUGCAGCAAAGUACGACCUCUACGGGAAGGACCUGAAGGAGAGAGCCUGGAUUGAUAUGUACGUGGAAGGAACAACAGACCUGAUGGGAAUGAUCAUGUAUCUCCCUUUUCAACCAGCUGACACAAAAGAAAAGAAUCUUGCCUUAAUCAUUGAACGAGCUACAACCAGGUACUUCCCUGUUUAUGAAAAGGCCUUAAAAGACCAUGGGCACGAUUAUCUUGUUGGCAACAAAUUAAGCUGGGCUGACGUCCACCUGCUGGAAGCCAUUUUAAUGACGGAAGAAUGUAAGGCUGAUAUCCUGUCAGCAUUCCCUCUGCUAGAGGCUUUUAAAGGAAGAAUAAGCAACGUUCCAACAAUCAAAAAAUUCCUGCAGCCUGGCAGCCAGAGGAAGCCACCAACAGAUGAGAAGUUUGUUGCUGUUGUGAGGAAAAUAUUCAAUAUCUAAUCCUGAGGCUGCUGAAGAUAACACACCUGCAGUGUAUCACCGGAGCUGUGCCUUCCAGUUUACCAGAGUGUAAUCUACACAGAUGUAUUCUAUAGCUUGGAUCGUAUAGCCAGUCACACGGUAACUGUUGAAACAGAAUAUGCUUUUAAAUUAGAUUAAAAGGCUGAUUUGGAUGUGUUGAGUCCAGAAAACGGUAUUUCAUGGAAUAAUUACGUGAAAUAAAAUACGAUCAUACUUUG